AAAACAGAGUCGAUUUCGAAGCGAAACUGCGCCCCCCUUGCUCUGCUCCCCUCCGCCGGCGCUCCACUCCCCCGCACCCCGCCGGGAUCCGGAGGUCGCACGACGCGCCACGAUGCAGCAGCAGCAGCCGGCCCUCCUCGGCACAGGGGGAGGCGGCGGGUGCUGGGACAUGAUGAUGGAGGACACGCUCAUGUCGCAGGGCGAGCUCGCCUCCAUCGACGCGCCUCGCUUCGACGGCACGGACUUUGAAUCAUGGCAGGUCAUGAUGAGAGGCCACCUGGGUUGGUCUCACCCCUUGUGUGGAGCAUAGUGGAAGCCGGCUUCUCUUGUGCGGAUGAGGCAAAUCCAACGGACCUCGAACUGAGGAAGAUGUACUACAAUGCCCAAGCCAUGAACGCCAUACACUGUGCCCUCAGCGAUGAUCAGCUCUACCGGAUCUGGCACCUUGAUACCGCCAAGGAGGUCUGGGACGCUCUCCAGGUUAUGCAUGAAGACACCCCGACCGUCCGUCGGUUGAAGAUCAAACAGCUGAGGGAGAAGAUGAAGUUGUUUGCGUGGAGGAAGGGCGAGUCUGCCGAUCAAAUGCAUACAAGGCUCUGGAAUUUGGCCAUUGACCUGAAUCGCCUUGGUUGCAAAGAGGUGGACGAUUCCUAUGUCGUGUGGACGAUGCUUCGUGCUAUGACGCCUAGGAAGCCAGCCUUUGUGGACGGCAUUCGCCAGGAGCCUGGCUUUGAAGAACUCACCCCUCUGGAUGUGCUCCACAACUUCCAAGUCUACGACUGCAGACAAGAGCUAUCCAGAAUAAUCAUGCGCGGGUACGCGAAGGCGAAGGCGAAGGCGGACACUGUCACACCGAGCGAGCCCGACGACGAUGCAGAUUGCUCCGGAGAAGCGCCUCGCUUCGAUGGCACGCACUAUCUAUCAUGGCAGCGUAGGAUGAAAUUCCAUCUGCUUAGCAUUGACCCUCUAGUGUGGAGAAUUGUGGAAACUGGCUUCUCCUGUGUAGAUGAAGCAAAUCCAACGGCUCUUGAAAAGAGGAAUUGGCAGCACGACUACCGAGCUAGAUGUGCCUUACAGUAUGCCAUAGGUGAUGAUCAAUACAUUCGGAUUUGCCGGUAUAAAUAUAAGAGUGCUAAGGAGAUUUGGGAUGCUCUCCGAAAAUUUAAUGAAGCGGUUGGUAAGUCAAAGCUCAGUUCACUGAGGAUGGAUAUGAACUUCUUCGUCUUAGGAGAAGACGAGUCCCCGAGUGACAUGUAUACAAGGCUCAACAAUUUGGCCAAUGAAAUGAAGGGUCUCGGGUGCAAAGAGAUGACUGAUUCCUAUCUUGUGGAGAAGAUGCUUUUUGCCAUGACACCAAGGAACCCAACCAUGGUUUUCCUCAUCCAUCAGAAGCAUAACUUUGAACUACUCACCCCUCAGGAGGUGCUUGCAACCUUCCUCCUCUACGGCGGGGAGCAAAAAGAACCCAAAGUCACGAGGGGGCAUGCAUUGCCACGCUCAAGCAAAAAGGUCAACGCUGCCUUGAAGGCCAAGCAAGUCCAAGUGGAGGAAUCUAGCGAUGAUGAAAACGACCAUGAUCAAGACCAAGAGCAAAUUCAACAAGGAAUGCAAGAAUUGGCUCUCUUCAUGAAGAAAUAUAAAGGGUUUCUUAGAAAGAAAGGCUGUGAAACAAGAAGUAAUUUCUCUGACAAGUUCAAGAUGAGGAAAUCAAAGAGAUAUUGCUAUCAAUGUGGUGAUUCCAAUCAUUUCAUUGCUGAUUGCCCGAAGAAAGAGGACAAGAAAGAAGAGGAGAAGAGCAAGUACAAGAGGGAACCAUUCAACAACAAGGGCAAGCCAUACAAGCCGGAGGGGCAGAAAGGUUUGUUUCUUUGCUCCAUCUUGUACCUACCAUUCCAUAUUUGCCAUGAAGUAGGUAAUGAAAUGUUCUGCGUUACAAUGACGGGGACCGAUCUGACAUGGAUUCAGGGUGGCCAAUUAAGAAAACAAAAAACUGGACACAAGUGUCCGGUGUCUGAGUAACAUUGCAGAUGAUUUUAAUGCGUUGAUAUCAAUGUCAAGGAGACACAGGAUGAAGUAUUGGUAAUUUGGUAUUAGUAAAAGCAAUUUAAUUACUGAGUGAUAAUGUACUUUGGUUGUGAUAGUGUACCUGAGACUCUUACCAGCCCUAAGAUUCAGGCCUUAUCUGAUAGUGCACUUGAGUCUAAUUUGAUUACUGAGCGGGCAAUAUAGUUCAGGCAAAUUAAUGAAGUGAUAUGACUUUCGGAAUGUGUAUGGUAGUGCAAAUUGGAAAUGCAUAGUCCGGUAGAAAUACCAAAACAUGAAGCCGGUUGCCUCUAGAACUCUUAAUUAGCAAAACAGUCGUAUGGACAACGGCAUGUGAAGCUACAUUGCACAUUGUCCUGCCAUUCUGCUCUGACUGAGUCAACUUUUGACCUGUACACCAUUCUAAGCAUCUGGCAUUAUUUUUAUUCUUUGCAUACCAAACGGUUAUGCAGUUCGUAUAUGAACUAAAUUUAAAAUAUUAUAAGUUUUAGAGUGGUUGGUCUUUUUUAGAACCGUUCGUUGAUGUCGAUCUAACGGCAGACAAAUACGAAGUACUGGGUAGUACUCUGAUGAAAGUACGCGAAAGUACUAAAACGAGUGGGGCCAGUACUCGUGACAAGGUGGGGACGCGUUUUAAUCUAGGGACAGUUUAGUCCUAGGAAAAUUUGCACGCGCCGCCCCUCUCGUCGAAUGCAUAACCGCCGCCAUGGUGAUUCACAUUCCACAAUUACUCAUCGGCGGCCAUCUCCUCCCUCUCCUCCAAGUCCACCUCAGUCAUCUCCUCCUUCUUGCCGCUGCAACUUCGCUCCACUCAGGCAACCCCCCACCCACCCCCACCCCUCUUACACGGCAGAUCGAGCUGAUGGCCGGCGAAGAACACCGACUUCGUGCAGAUCGCCGGCGGCGACCAGGUCAAGUUGGCCAGGUUGAGGGAGAUCCGUUCUUGAUUUGACAACACAAGGCAGAUGAACUGGACG